ACUAGCCGAAGCUUGAGCAGUGGGGGCAAGAGUUGCCGGAGGCGGCGGACGCUGAAAGGUUUUGAGAAGAGCAGGAUUGAUAGAUGCAUGGCUGGAAUCAAACAUCACAUCAGGAUCUGAAUAUCAUUGGCCUUUGAAUAUGGAAGGGGAAAUGCUUGUCAGUUCUGUCUGAAGGGACUGAUUUAAGACAACAGUGAGAAUGGCAAAGUACCAACAUAUACACACACCCCUGAGUGACACUGUUCUAGAAAACUGCAAAGAGCUUUCAACAGUGUGACUUCCUGAAAACGGCACUGUUGAUAGUGGGGAGAGAUUGUAUGUGUGUUCUGUACGAAGAAAACAUCUGCACCAUGGCCAAGCCGUUGACAUGUGGGGACUGUGGCAAAGGAUUCGAUUACCCAUCCCAGCUGGAAAUCCAUCGGCGCAGUCACACUGGGGAGAAGCCAUUUAUCUGUUCAGUAUGUGGGAAGGAAUUUACCAAGACAACCUGUCUCAUGUUACACCAGCGAAUUCACACUGAGGAGAGGCCAUUCAGCUGCACACACUGUGAAAAGAGGUUCAUUUCUUCAUCUGACCUCAAUCAACACCAGCGAGUUCACACUGGGGAGAGACCAUUCAUUUGCUCCCAGUGUGGGAAGGGGUUCACAAAAUCAUCCAACCUGGUGACUCACCAACGGAUUCACUCCGAGGAGAAGCCGUUCGGCUGUGCUCGCUGUGGAAAGAGUUUCAAAUAUUUACACAGCCUUGAAGAACACCAGCGAGUUCACACGGGGGAGAGACCGUUCACGUGCUCCAUAUGUGGGAAGGGAUUUACCCAGCCAUCUAGCCUGGUGAGACACCAGCGAGUUCACACCGGGGAGAGGCCAUUCAGCUGCCAAGUGUGUGGGAAAAGCUUCAGGCAGACAUCAGCCCUCAUCACCCACCAGCGAGUUCACACGGGGGAGAAACCGUUCAGCUGCUCUGUGUGCGGGAAGGCCUUCACUGUAUCAUCCACCCUCAAGGCACACCAGCAGACUCACUCUGCAGAGAAGCUCUUCAACUGCUCUCACUGUGGUAAGUCUUUCAGGUGUUCGUCCGCCCUCCUUGCACACCAGCGCAUUCACACAGGGGAGAGACCAUUCAUCUGCUCUGUGUGUGGUAAGGGAUUCACUCGAUCCUGCAGCCUGGUCACACACGAGCGACUUCACACUGGGGAAAGGCCGUUCACCUGCUGCCAGUGUGAGAAGAGAUUUGUUAAUUCAUCCACCCUACUGAGACACCAGCGUGUUCACACAGGGGAGAGGCCAUUCACCUGCUCUGUAUGUGAGAAAAGUUUUAGUCAGUUUUCCAGUCUUUUGAAACACCAGCGAGUUCACUCUGGGGAGUGGCCUUUCACCUGUUCUGAGUGUGGAAGAGGAUUCAGUGCUUCAUCCAGCCUGUUGACACACCAACGGGUUCACACUGGGGAAAGGCCGUUCAACUGCUCUGAAUGUGGGAAGGACUUCAGUGACUCAUACAGCCUGCGGAGACACCAGCGAAUUCACACUGGGGAGAGGCCGUUCACCUGCUCUGUGUGUGGCAAGGGAUUUGUUCAGUCAUCUGAGCUGCAGAGACACCAUGUCUCUCACACCAGUGAAAGACCUUUUCAGUGUUCAGACUGUGGUCGUAGCUACAAAACAUCCCGGAACCUGAUGCUCCACCAGCGAAUUCACACCGAGGAGAGACCGUUCAGCUGCUCUCAUUGUGCAAAGAGAUUUAUAACAUCAUCCAAUCUCCGGAGACACCAGCGUGUUCACACAGGGGAGAGGCCAUUCACCUGCUCUGUGUGUGGGAAGGGAUUUAGUCAGUCAUCUGGGCUGCGCAAGCACCAGCGAGUUCACAAAUGAUGACAUUGCUUGGCUUUUGCUAUUGUUAUUGCAUCUGUUGAUCACAACUGGGACCUAACCAUGCUCAUUCUCACAGCGGUCAGCACUCAUCUCAGAGUGAGGAGAUGGUGAUACUGAGACCCACUCCAGAGACGAUUACAUCCGUGAUCCAGGGUUCAACGUUCCUGCCUUUGGAGGCAGCAUUUUCACGUGAGACUUUGCUCAAUCGAUGUUGGGUUGGGGACAGGGUUUAUUUUAUAAGGAGAGGUUGGAUACAGGUGUGACUAUUGGAGCUUAGAAGAAUGAGAGAUGAUCUUUUAAAACAUGAAAUCCUGACAAUGUUGAUGCUGAAAGAGUAUUUCUGACUGUGUGAGAGGUUUGAGCCGGGGACACAGUUUAAAAAUCCAAGCUUGCCCAUUUCAGAUGGAGAAGAGAUUUUUCUUCUCUCAAAGGGCCAUGACUCUUUGGAACUCUCUUACCCACACAGCAAGGAAGGCAGGGUCAGGGAAUUUUUUAAAGCUCAGGAAGAUAGAUUUUUGCCUAAUAAGUCAAUCAAGGAUUUUCAGGAGGGAGGGGUGAAUGUGGAGUUGAGGCCACAUGAUCAGAUUCAGUAAAAAGUGUUUUUGUGUGCUAUACAAGCAGAUCAUUCCAUACAAGUGUAUCAGGGUAGUGGAACAGAGUGCAGAAUGUCGUGUUAUAACUGCGGAGAAGGUCCAGAGAGAGAGAGAGAUCAGAAUUAACAUUUGAGAAGUCCAUUUAGAAGUCUGAUAACAGUGGGAAGAAGCUUUUCCUGACUCUAUUUGUACAUGUAUUCAAACUUUUAUAUGUACUGCCUGACAGAAGAAGGUGGAAGAAAUAUAACUUUGGGAGAGGGGUUUCUGAUGAUGUUGGUUGCUUUCCCAAGGCAGCAGGAAGUAUAGACAGAGUCAAUGGAUGGAAGGCUAGUUUGGGUGAUGGACUGGGCGGUGUUCACAACUCUCUCGUUUCUUGCGACCUUGGGAAGACAGUUGCCAAACCAUGCUGUGAUAAAGCCUGAUAGAAUACUCUCUAUGGUGUAUCUGUAAAAAUUGGUAAGAGUCCUUGUGGACGUGCCAAAUUUCCUUAGGCUGCUGAGAAAGUAAAGAUGUUGUUACGCUUCCUUGACCAUCACAUUGACAUGGGUGAAGCAGGACAAAUUGUCGGUGAUUAUCACUCUCGACCAUCUCCACCUCAGCACCAUUGAUCCAGAUAGAGCCUUGCCCUACACCCUGCUUCCUGAAGUCAAUAAUCAGCUCUUUCAUUUUGCUGACAUUGAUGGAGAGAUUGUUGUCUUUACAUCAUGCCACUAAACAUGCAGUCUCUUUCCUGUAUUCUACCUCAGCGUUUGGGAUCUAACCUACAACGGUGCCACCCCAAUUCCAACUGUAAGUUUUAAGAAGGAGUAGAGGCAGUUUAGAUUAAUUCAAUGUGGUUCAGCCCACCUAAUUGAAAGUUUCAAAUUCAUCCCUUGAAGUGACACUAUUUAAAUGUCCCAGGUUGGACAGACAAGUCCCCCAGGUCACAUGUAAGAUCAGAUUUUAUUUGGUAUAAUUUAAUAAGGUACUUAUUCCCCCUUUCUCGAUUCAUCCAUUACUGAGAUCAAGCUUGGGUAGCUCAGUUUUCAUAACUUGAAGUGAAUAAGCUGAAAAUGUCCUUUAUUUAAAGAUUCAAUAGAAGAAGUUGGAGUGAAAAUGUCAUGGAAUAUAAACACACAAAUUGAAAUUGGGAGACUUUAUUUCACCCAGGUGCUCCAGUUUCCUCCCACAGUCCAAAGAUGUGCAGGCUAGGUGGAUUGGCCAUGCUAAAAUGGCCCGUAGUGUUCAGAGUUGUGUGGUUCAUAGGAGGAUGGGUCUGGGUGGGAUGCUCCAAGGCUUGGUGUGGACUUGUUAGCCCUGUUUCCACACUGUGUGGAUUCAAAGUAUUUCAUUUCAUUUUCAAUAGCUGAGAAUAAAAGUGUGAAUAUAGGAUAAAAACUAAGAAUGGAAAUGAAAGGGAAUUGGGUGUAGUUAAGGGAAAGCACCUUUUCUACUUUUAAUGGCACCAAACAACUCAAUAAUAUCACCAACAUUAACAACUUUUGCCAAUUCAGUCUCAAUGCUGUAAAUUGUUAAAACAGCUGAUCAACUGCCAGCAAGCCAAACAACAUCUGUACAGAAAUCUGUCAAUCUUUUUGUGUUGACCCUUCCUCAGAAUAGGGAAAGUCUGAGGAAAAACUUUUGUGUCCUCCACAAUCUUUCCUGCAUUGUUUGUUUCUGUAUCAAGGUUUGUUUUUGUUGGAGUGAACAAAAGUAGCAGAGGAGUUAGCAGUGAUUCUGGUAAAUAUCAAAUUAGUUUAAAUGACUACUAAUAGGACAGUGCUGUGGAGAAGAUCAGAGAGGUUAAAUGCUGACUAUAUGCAAGAUGUUGAGGUGCAGUAGUAAUGACAGUCCAGAACCCCAGAUCAAAGUUCUGAGGGUUGAAUCCAACCGCAAAGAUGGUAAAAUGUCAUUUUAAUAAAAUCUGGCAUCUUAAUUCAAUAAAAUCAAUACUGUCAAUUUUCAUUAAAAAAAAAUCUGGUGCACCUGACUCCAGUGCUGAGCAUUAGCAUGCUUGAGUAUCAAGAACUGGGAGAGUAUGAAUACUGCAAGUUGCUACUUUUAAAUGGUGAAUAAUUCAAAAUAUGGAACAAUUCAAAUAUGAUUGUCAAAACCCACUUUUGAGACUGCAUUUCUACUGACAGAAAAUAUCUUGUUCUCACUUUCUGUUGAAUUCUCUCAAUGAUAGUAAACAGUUGAUUGUCACUGGAUCAGUUUGUCUCCAUCAUUAUUUCUCAAUGCACUAAUCUCAAUUUUGACAUAAAACUGAAAGUUAUGAGGAUGCUGGAAAUCUGAAAAAAAACAAAAAUUCCUUUGAAAUAUCAGCAGGUCUGGCAGUAUCUGUGGAGAGAAAUCAGAGUUAAUAUUUGUCCAGUGACCUUUCUUCAAAACAGUUCCACUGACUUUCCAGUUGUUUCUGCUUUUAAUCUGAAUUUUGAGUUUGUUUGUAAGCUGCUUUUACUUGACACUGAGUUUUUCACACCAUCUACACCUUAUCCUCAAUCUAUUCUGAUACCUACUUUCCACACCAGUCUUCAUGAACACAUUUGUCCUUUAUCAGAGUGAAUUCUCUCCCAUUUAGAAAUUGCUUACAUUUUCAAUGCUCCCUCUUUCUGUUGAUAAGAGUGUCGCUGCUUAAGGGAAUAACUUUGACUUUUUCUUUCAACAACUUCCAUCAAGUGCCUUUGCGAUGCAUCAUUCAGCCCAUCAAGUCUGUAUUGUCAGUCCUGACCCCACCCCUCUCUCUUAAUUGUGUGAAAACAAUUUUUGAGAAGGCCAACUUGAUACAGACUAUGGUGAGCAUCUAGCCCAGUUUCUGGAAUGUGAACUGUACAUUUUUCACAUAACAUCCAGGGAUAGCAGUGAACACAAAGAAUGGAAUUAGCCUGCCAGCUCCAUGACUCAAGCCCUUAACACGAGGAUGGAGAGUGAUCCGACUUUAAAAUAAUUAGAAAGGUUGAAAUAAGCUCUGGCACAAGGACAGUCAGAAAUAAGGACAGAUAUUAAGCAGUCAAGGUAUCAUUGCCAGUGUUACCAUCAGUCUUGUGGUGACAACUCUCGUGGGACACAUCAAAUCAGGAAUAAGGACAGAGACUUUCCCUGUGCUGUCAGCAGUUGAGAGACUGCGGACUCUUGGUGGGGGAGAAGAAUAUCCUCACUUUCUUCACUGCCUUUUGUUCAGUAUAUUUACCAAUUUUGCUUCAGAAAGUCCACCUUAAUAUUUUAACCUUGGAUCACUUGGUUGAAACGCAUUGUCAGUUCAGCAAUAUUCAUGGAAAUUACAGCUGUGGAAUCCUAAGUUAAGCUGAACAGAUAGAUCACCAGCCUGAAAUUUAAUCAGCGUACAAUUCAUACAUUGGUCACUUGUCUGAUUGUUGUUUGUGGAAGUUUACUUUGCACAAACCGUUAGUGAUGAGGAAUUAACAACUCCUAAUUGUAGAGACAACAGUAUUGAGCUUGAGGAAUACAGCAGGCCAGGCCGCAUCAGAGGAGCAGAAAAGUUAAUAUUUCAGGUUGGGACCAUUCUUCAGAAUAGGUUGUCUCGUAAUUGUAGAGCAUAUCCAGCAUCAUAAACCAUUCCAAGGUGUUUCACAGAAAGUUUGGUGGUAAAACAGUGUUUAGUAGAUGGCCAAAAUCUUGAUUAAGAGGGAGAUUUUACAAGCAGCUUUAAUUCAAGGACUAACAGACAGGUUUCAGGGAGAAUUUUGGAGUUUGACACUGAGGCAUGGGCACCAGUGGUGAGGUAAUUAAAAUCAGACACAAACGAGAGGGGUUCAGGUACCUCAGAGUGUUAGGAGAUUUGGGGCCAUAGACAGAUCUGAAAAACCAGGAUGCAAAUUUUAAAAUCAAGGCAUUGCCUGAUCACGAGCCAUUUUAGGUCAACAAGCACAGGGUGUGAUGAUGAACAAGACUUGGGUGAGAAAGCACAUGGGCAGCAGUUUUGGAUGGAGAUAACACACUGUGGAGCUGGAGGAACACAACAGGCCAGGCAACAUCGGAGGAGCAGGCAAGCUGACUUUUCGGGUCGGGACUCUUCUCCUUCCUGCUCCACACGGUGUUAUGUCAGACUCCACAUUGACAGUUCUUACUAUCCCUCAGUUUUGAAUGGACUGGUGUUUUUGUUGAAGGUAAAUGUGAGGGGCCAUUCAGGAAUGAAUGACCAAGUCUAAAAGUAAGAUGGGCAAAGGUGAGGGUUUCAGCAGCAGAUGAGCUGGACUGAGGCAGAGAUGGAAGACAUUAUGGAGUGGAAAUACCUAGUAAUCGACAUGAAAUAUGACACUGAAGUGGUGAACGGUUUGGUUCUGCAUCAGACAGUACCCAAGGGGAAGGGCAGACUGGGUAGUAAGGUAACGGAACUUAUAGUACUGAAUGAAAGCAAUGGCUUUGAUCUUCCCAGCUCUUACUGGGAAGGAAUUUCUGAUUCAAUUCCUACUGGACAUGGCAGAAGCAGUCUGAUAACUUAUUAAUAGUGGAGCAAUGGAGAGGGAUGAUGGUGGGGUACAGCCAAUUUUUAUCAGCGUACAUGAAAAGUAAUACAGGGCAUUUCGAUGCUGUCACUCGAAAGCUGUGUGUAGAUGAGAAGUAGGAGAUCCUUUGGAAAGGUAGGUUAGUGAGGGGGUGGUAUUUUGCAAAGAUGAUGGGGUGAAGGGUUUUUAUUUUAAGAUGGGAGACGACAGUUGAUUUAAAAGUGAAAAGCAAUAUGAGAACAAAGGAGGAUGUGAAUAUAUCAGAUAACAUGGGGAAGUUAGAUGGUCAGCUGUUUAGUGAGAAUAGUCAUGGAAGCAAGAUAUUGGAAUGCUGGCCUAGGCUCUGCAUGAUAUGUGAUAGAGAAACUGGAGGAGGGUGGAGAGUCAGAACUCAGACAACAGAAUUUCAGAGGCAGACUGGGUCAGUGAGCUAGUGGGAGGGAAGCAGCGGAGACAGCUAAUUAAUUUGUCUCAAUCUCAGAGACAAAGAAGCUCUACGAGCUUCUCAUUUGUUGGAGAUGAGGACUGAGGAGACGGGAGAAUCAUAGCAUCUCUACAGUGCAGAAACAGCCCAUUUGGCCCAUCAAG